AUGGACCAAAAACCAGCUGCAACGCCAGAACUAUCAGCAGAAGAGACCCAGAAGCCGACAAGACUUCCAGAACCACGAUCUCCAAAGACUUCAUCGUGGAAAAAGUUUGAGGAACGGCAAACACAAAAACUUCUGGAGGAGAAGCAAAAGCAAUUGCUGAAAGAACAACAAGAGAAAGCGAAGAAGGAGCAGGAGACAAAACAGAAACAAUUGUAUGGAUACGUGCCAUUCAAAGCCCCACCAACUCCAAUCUACGAAGUUAGGCCUCAAGCUAAAGCCAGCUUGGUUAAUUCAGGUAGGUUUUAAGGUUUUGAGCUUGGGGGUUUACAGAAGGUAUUUUAGAUUUUUUAGCUAAAGAGAAUUUCUAAAUGGUAGGGGAAAUUGUUAUAAAAAAUUUACAGACAGGAGUUGCCUUUAGCUAGUUUUUAAAAGUUUUUUGAAAUUUUUAAUUUUGUUAGGUAUAAAAUCGUAUUUUAGUUUCAAUAAGUCGUCCAGGAGCAGCUAUGGGUAAUGGUAAUCAACCGAAUGUUCAUUUUCGGCCACCAAGUGAGAUGGGAACUUGUAAGUAUUUCAAAGACUAUUAGGAUUGCAGGUCGUAUUUUACAAAAUAAUCAAUUUUAUUUUCAUUCUAGACCGCCCAGCCUCCAGAUUCCAGUCCUUCACAACCCUACCUCGACCAGACUAUCUUGAUGUGGAGAGUCUCUACGGUCCGCCACCACCUCAGCCUUAUCUACAUGAACAUAAUCAUAGUAUUGAUGCUGCUCGGCCAGGAAGUAAACUCUCCUUUGCUUACGAAUAUAAGAGGCCAGCUUCAGCGAUGAGUGGGAUUCAGAUACAGCCUCCGUUCAUCGUGACCAACAGUAAAUACCCGGUUGAUGAGUGCCAAAUACCUACGAAAGAGAUUGUCAGUUGGGAUGCGCUCAGGUUGAGCAGUUGUUUGCAGGUAUGGGUUUUGGAAAUUUGUAAGCGAUGCAUGUUUACAAAGUUGAAAAAAGGGCUUGAAACAUAAUUCCAAAUUUGCCAAUUUGGCGGGAAAUUCAAAUAUUUAAAUUUUGAAAAGUAAAAUUUUUCUUAUCAACUCCAGAUCCUCUUCGGAAUGGCCAUCUUCGCUGUUGGAGCCUCGAGAAUGUUGAUGAGAGCCGAAUAUGCCAAAGGACAAGAACUCUUCUAUGGUAUCUCGGUGAUGGUAGCGGGAAUCUUUGGUUAUUUCUCAUCCAGAAGCCAGUCUUUUACCAUGGUUAUGUGGUAUUUCGCUCACAGUUUAAUGAACGCCAUCUUUGCUUUUGUGCCAUUAUUUAGUGGUAUGGUGCCAUUACUUCAGAUCUACAACAAUGGUGGUAAUAGGGCUGUUGGUACGGCUACUGAGCCAAUUGAAGUUGACUUUUCUUUGAUCAUUUUGAGUGGCGUUGAGGUGGGUUAAUAUUUUUACAUUAUAGUAGAUUGUGGUAGUAAGAAAGAUAUCAGAUUUGAUAUGUUUUGGUAGUAAAAUAAGGUACUAUUGAGAAAGUUGGGAGGGGAUAUGUUACUAUAGCUGAUGUUAUAUUACAACCACUAGCUAAGGUCGUGCAGUCCAAAGGUAUCAACUACAAUUCCAAAACUAAAAUGUCAGUUUAAAAUGUACUUAAAAACAUUUUUAAAUUACUUUGCUCACGAUACAAUUACUUUGUGUUUCCACAGUAAUUACCAUGUAAUCCACGAUUCCGUACCAAACAUCUCAUUUACCGUUGUUUCAGUUCGCUGCCGCUUUGGUCGUAUCUUUGUAUGGUUGUCGUACUUUGGGUCGUACUAUUCAUGCUGUAGUACAGAUUCGAAACAGACUGUUGAGAAUGGAGGGUUUAUAG